CACACACACACACACACACACACACACUGAAUCUUGAAUGCUGAUCAAAAGUUUCUCAUAUUCAUUGAAAGCUGUCCACCUUUAAAAUCCAAAUUGAUCAGUUGCCCUUUGAUUUCUUUCUCAUUCACUCCCUUUCUUCAGCAGUUCUUGUCAGUCUUUUUUUCUUUUUGUAUCUCCAUGGUACAAGGAAACAUGUUUCCUCCAAAUGUUGUGGGUUCAACCGUUACUGAGGGCUGCGCUGAGAGAAAGGAGAGGAAAGAAGUAAGUCAGGGAAGAUUAUGGAGGUGGUUUAGGGUCUGGGAUGUGGGCAGCAUUUGAAGGAGAGGAAUGUAGCAGACAGUGGGCAAACACUGCUGGAAAACACACACGCACACUCACACACACAAACAUAUGCAGACGCAUUAACACACACACACACAGUUCCAUUAAGCUCCAAAGGGCUUCAUUGGGAAUUUAAGACUACCUGUCUCCGUUCUGUAGCUCCUGACCAAACAGAUUUCAAGAUGGAUAGUUGAAAACUUUAACCUGCUGGUGGCGUAACGUCAAGGGAUCACCAAAGUCAUUUGGAUUCAUAACGUUAGCAUGUCUAAAAAUGAAUGGAUGCCGCAGAGGGAAUAUGGAUCAAGCUCCAAAAAACCUGGAACCUCCAUUCCCAUAAUACAGUUUGAUUGCAUGUUUCUUUAGACUCUCCUUGCCUGAUUAAUGUCCACAUUAGACUACAAACAGAAUGCCCUACAGGCUUUUUGAUUAUGCCUAUAAGACAUAUCACGUAAGCAGUUUUUCUCAGACUUGACAAAACUCCUACAGAGUCACAGAAGACUCCUGUGACUGGUAAAUUGACUUUGACGGCUUAUUUAACAUCUUUGUCCUAAUGUUUAAUUUGCAGGAUUACAUAUCUCACAGUCUCCAUGGCUCUCCUGUACUGUGUCGUGUUGGUGCUGCUGUGUGUUUUUGACUCUGCCUCAGCCACUGUUAUAGCUGACAUGGACUACGGAGGUGUUCCUCUGUGGAUUAAUCGCCUGCUAGGUGAGCCCAGUGUGCUUAGCCUGCAGGGACGAAUGGACCCAAUCUGGUUCCGAGCCAACAACCCCCAGGCCUGCCCUCAACAGUGUGACUGCCCCAUCCAGUGGCCCACGGCACUUUACUGUGACCACAGAGGCCUGGCAGACAUCCCUGACAGCCUGCCGGACAGAACUCAGUACUUGUUUCUACAGCGCAACAACAUCUCGUCCCUGUCCUCCACUUUACUGGCCAACAUUACAGAUCUACGCUGGCUCAUCCUGGACCACAACCAGCUGCAGAGUGACAAGCUGGACCAGGCUGCCCUGCAGAACCAGAGCCAGCUGUGCUACAUUUUUGCCAACCACAACCACCUGACAUCAGUGCCCAGCACUCUACCAGCUGGACUCAAGCAGCUGCGACUGGCCCACAACAAAAUCAGCAGCAUCAGCCCUGGAGCUUUCCAGAACCUGCACAACCUGACGCUGCUGCUGCUGCAGGGAAACAGACUGCAAACCAUCACAGAUGGAGACCUCAAAGGUCUGGUCAGUCUGAAACAGCUGGACCUCAACGGGAAUUUGUUCUCAUCUGUCCCCCGGCAUUUGCCCCCUUCUGUUCAGCAGCUCUAUCUGUCCAAUAACACUCUAACUGAGCUGGAUGAGGACAGUUUUGUGGGAUUUCUCAACCUUAAGUACCUUCGUCUAAGUCACUGCGGUCUGAAGAGCCGCAGCAUCCACCCCAAGGUUUUCAACUUCUCCAGCUUGGUGGAAUUGGACCUUUCUUAUAACAAACUCACUACCGUUCCCACAGUCCCUACCACCCUGCAGUACCUCUACCUGGAGGCCAAUGAAAUACAAGGGUUCAACCUGACUAGUUUCUGCAGAGACAUGGGACCUCUGUCCUACUCCAGGAUGAAGGUAUUACGACUGGACGGAAACAAGAUGUCCUACCAUCAACUGCCCACUGACUGGGUCUUCUGUCUGCGGGUGCUUGAAAGUAUUUACAUCUGACUCCAACCUUCCGAGCAUGUAUCAAAGUAGGAUUAUUGUAUGUGACUGGACAACCUCAACCUCUAGUGAUUCAAAAAAAAAAACGUGACUCAACUUAGGAGUUGUUUUAUUAGCCAACUCGUCAUUUGUGAUGUCAAACGACUCAGCCUUAAAGCUAGAAACCAGAGACUCUAAUUCAUUAUGUCUUCAAUAUGUAGAUACACUGCCAGGCUCUAAGGGUAAAACUGACCUUCAAACGAUGCCAAAGCUUGAACUUGUACACUAAACCAGUGUUAUUUUAUCAUAAUGCCAAAAGUCCUGAUCAAAACAUUUCUCAUACCACCAGUGCAUUCCCAUGAGCUUCUCUCUCUCAUUCCAUCUUUUCCAAGUUCUGCCUCAGCAGGGUUGUACAUCUGUGUGUUAUUAUUGAAUAGGAACAGUGACAAACCCUCAUUUCUGACUGUAGAGAAUAAUAUGCUAUGGUUAAACUGAGCUGUGUUGUGGGGAAAGGGAAACAUGUAUGAAUGGCAAAAUUCAGUAGCUUUCCCGAGAGAGAGAAUCUGACUCAGUUAGCUGGACAGUGUUAAACAGCCACACCAGUCCACACGUGUGUUUUGAUGCAGCUAUUGAAAAUCAGAGGUCCAUGAUCCUAAAUGUGACAUUUGGUUUGUACAAGCAACAGAAAAAUAAAAUGGACAUUUACAUCA